AUGGAAUAUGGUCAAGUAGAUGGUAUACUUUAUCCCAGAAGUUUUGUGAGAGCAUUAGGAAGCCUUGUCUACUUGAGAUAUCUUAGUGUAAGUUGCGUUUCCUUGUCAUUUAUUCCAUCUAUACAGAACAUGGUGCUACUCCAAACUCUCAAAUUAGAUGUUUUCAAUACUGUAUCUAUUCCAUCAUGGCUUUCAAGAAAUAUUCUGGGCAAGCUGGGACAUUUGCGGUAUUUGUAUUUACCUCCUAUUUAUGAUAGGAGUAGACCUCCAAAGAAACAAAAACUAAGGUUUGAUGGAUUGGGCAGGUUAGAGACAUUGGAGAACUUCAGUACUGUGUGGUGUGAGGCUAAGGAUCUUCCGAAACUAAUCAAUCUUCAGAGACUGACAUUAGAAGUAGACGAUGACUAUGGUGAUGUGAAAGAGACCUUGAAAAAUCUGUCAUCAUCUUCAAAUCUCAGGUACUUGGGACUUUCUCUUAAAUUAUAUAAACAACCAGUAGAGAAUGUGAGAGGGGUUUUUUGGGAUUAUAGUUCCAUCCUUCAGAAAUUAAGCAUAAGUGGCCGGCUUGAAAAGUUGGCUCAAUUAUUUGAGAACCAACCGCGGAAUCUUAUCAAUAAUCAUGUUGCAGAAUCUUCAAUUCGUAUCACUUCCUUGACGUUACAGUUUUCCCUCCUGGAAGAUGACCCAAUGCCAGUACUGGAGAAGAUUCCUAGUCUGCGUAAACUUGAUUUAUCUGUAAACUCAUUUGUGGGGAAGGAGAUGUUCUGCUCGUCCAUGGGUUUCCCGAAACUCACCAGUCUUGAACUGUGGCAGCUCCCCAACUUGGUGAAAUGGAAUAUAGAGGAAGGCAGCAUGUCCGUUCUCACCAAGUUAGAGAUUAUUAGUUGUCCGAUGUUAGAGGAGCUUCCAGAAGGCCUCAUAUUUCUCACUUCCCUUCACAGCUUAUGGUUAGGCGGUAUGCAUACAGAUUUCAUACACAAAAUCCGCACAGUAAAUGGCAACCAAGGAGAGGACUUUUACAGAGUUGCUCACGUUCCUGUAUUAUCUAUUUCCUAA